CGUUACGGUCUUUAUGUAUUGUUUCUGCUAGCCAAGCUAACACUAGUAACGUUAACUUAGAUGUUUUUAUAUCAACAUCGUCGAUAACAUAUGUAUAUGGUUCACUCGUCUACUUGUUUGUUCAUCUUUUGAAAGAGGGCCUCCAGCAGUGAAUGAGGUCUAGAGCUGUUUUGGAGCAGCCCUCCAUCUGGAACCAAGAUGGGCCAGCAGCUUUCUGGCCAGGCAAUGAGCAGACUGCCUGAGAAACUGAUCAAACAUGCGGGGCUUGUGCGUGACAGUGGCUACCUCACCUAUGAUGAGUUCUUGGGACGUAUGGCAGAGCUCAAUGAUGUAACUGCUAAACUAGCCUCUGGCCAAAAGAAACAUCUUUUGUUUGAAGUACAGACGGGAUCUGACGCAACAGUGUUAUGGAAGGUUGCUGUGAGAAUAGUGUGCACCAAGAUUAACAAGGAGGAUGGAAUGGUGGAGGCCUCCCGUAUUAUGAAUCUGUACCAGUUUAUCCAGCUCUACAAAGACAUCACCAGUCAGGCAGCUGAAGUACUGAGUUCAGAGGCUACGGCAGAGGGAUCCUGUGGACUGCUGUCAUCAGAAGAUACCUGCCAGGCCAGCAUAUGGAUGGGCAGGGUGAAACAGUUGACUGAUGAGGAAGAAUGCUGUAUCUGCAUGGAUGGGAAAGCAGACCUUAUUCUGCCCUGUGCACACAGCUUCUGUCAGAAGUGCAUUGACAAGUGGAGCGGUCAGAGCCGAAACUGCCCCGUCUGUCGGAUUCAGGUGACUGCCGCCAAUGAAUCGUGGGUCAUGUCAGAUGCUCCCACGGAGGAAGAUAUGGCUGGGUACAUUCUCAAUCUGGCGGAUGAAGCUGGGCACCCACACAGACCUUAGAAUGAAGCCCCAUGCCACUGUCAUGCUCCCUGUCUACUCAUAACAGAUGACCUUCUUUGAACAGUUAUUUAGGGUGAAUGGGUUUUUGUUGCAAUUUAUAGUGUCACUCACUGGAGGCAAUAACUGCUGAUUUAUUUACUUUUUAAAAAACAAUUUUUAGGUUAAUGCAUAAUAUUAUAACACCUGAUCAAUUCAUAGACAUGACUGUGAACUGUAUGUAGGUAAAUGCUAGACAACAUGUAGCAGUAGAACUUCAUUGCCUAGUUGCACUUGCCAUUUUAUCUUGUGAAGUAAUUGCACUUAAUUGCUUUUGUUCCGUAAAAGCCUUGUAAUGCCUGGAUAAGCGUCACAGUAUCAGCAUGUGCAACAGUUUAAUAGUAUUGAUGCUUUAAUUCAGUCUCACAUGAUUCAAUUACAUUGACUGUACAGUUGAAGUGCAUUUAUAAUCUUAAGGUUUAAUGGAAUUACUGUAGUGAUCUGUUUGAUCAUUAUCUUUUUGUAAGUUGGACCAAAAGUUAAUUAUAGGGCAUCACUCGUAUAACAUUCAUUAUGAAACAUAAUUGGGAUGAAUUAACAUUUGAGAAUGAUCUAAUUUGCUUGUUUUCUUUUGGAGCUUAAUGAGUUGCAAAUUAAGCUUUUAUUUUAUGUGGCAUCACCUCAGAGGUGGUUAUUUACCGUUUCAUAUUUUUCUGGUUUGAAAUCUUAUGACUUUUCAUCCUGCACUUUUGUGUGUAUGAGAGAGACUGUGAAUCUGUGGGCUUAGGAAAUUCACUUGUAUUAUAAAAAAUAUGUAUAGAUCAAACUUUAUAUACAAGUCAAAAUUUGUGUGGAAGUUAUCUAGUUUUUAAAAACUUUUGUUUCUGCAAUAUUGUCACAGAUUUAUAGAGGUGAGACUGAAUGUUUGAAGUUUAAUCUGAGAAAAUGACACUAGUUACUGCUUCCUUUUGUGACCGAGUUCUUUAACAUAUGGACUGAACUGGGUUGUUUGCCGUUCCCUUUUCUUGUGUAAAUCUUAAAUAAAGUAACUUGAAUAUUUA